AGAGGGAAUUAUAGUUUUAGGGUUGGGGAAGGUGGCGGGAAUGCGGGGGGGGGGGGAAUCUGGAUUUGGGGUGGUAGUGGCUGAGGGACGCAGCCAGAGCUAAGGGCGUAUUUAGGCAACCGGAACUGGCUUAACCCCUUGGUACCCAUUUAUUCUUCGUAUUAAGCCCAUUUGACACCCUCUUCUUAGUGCUUCAGUUUAGAGAAAGUUGAUUCAGGAGGGAAAAACCUGACAGGAUCCCUACUUUUCCCCUUUCUCCUUUUCCGCAUUUUUGUUCUGCCUCCCUUUAAUCUUCCUGUAUCUUCUCCAUUCAACUCUGUGCUGCACCCUCGCCCCCGUCCCCCGUUCUUUUCCUCAGAAUCCCCUAGCCCCUUCUCUAGCUCGACUUCUCCCACCUCAAGGCUGACCGCCACUGGCCCCGCCUCCUCAGAGUAAAAUCAUGAAGGUGGUGAACCUGAAGCAAGCCAUUCUGCAAGCUUGGAAGGAGCGAUGGAGUGACUACCAGUGGGCAAUCAACAUGAAGAAAUUCUUUCCCAAAGGAGCCACCUGGGACAUUCUCAACCUAGCAGAAGCACUACUGGAGCAGGCCAUGAUUGGACCUUCCCCCAAUCCUCUCAUCCUGUCCUACCUGAAGUAUGCCAUUAGUUCCCAGAUGGUGUCCUACUCCUCCGUCCUCACAGCUAUCAGUAAGUUUGAUGACUUUUCCCGGGACCUGUGUGUCCAGGCUUUGCUGGAUAUCAUGGACAUGUUUUGUGACCGACUGAGCUGUCACGGCAAAGCAGAGGAGUGCAUCGGGCUGUGCCGGGCCCUUCUCAGCGCCCUCCACUGGCUGCUGCGCUGCACCGCAGCCUCUGCAGAGCGGCUCCGGGAGGGGCUGGAGGCCGGCACCCCAGCGGCUGGUGAGAAGCAGCUUGCCAUGUGCCUGCAGCGCCUGGAGAAGACCCUCAGCAGCACCAAGAACCGGGCCCUGCUCCACAUCGCCAAACUAGAGGAGGCCUCAUUGCAUACAUCCCAGGGACUUGGGCAGGGUGGCACCCGAGCCAAUCAACCAACAGCCUCCUGGACUGCCAUCGAGCAUUGUCUCUUGAAGCUUGGGGAGAUCCUGGCCAAUCUCAGCAGCCCCCAGCUCCGGAGCCAGGCUGAGCAGUGUGGCACGCUCAUUAGGAGCAUCCCCACCAUGCUGUCCGUGCACUCUGAGCAGCUGCACAAGACUGGCUUCCCCACGGUCCACGCGGUGGUCCUGCUUGAGGGCACCAUGAACCUGACCGGCGAGACACAGCCCCUGGUGGAGCAGCUGAUGAUGGUGAAACGCAUGCAGCAUAUCCCCACCCCGCUCUUUGUCCUGGAGAUCUGGAAAGCCUGCUUUGUGGGCCUCAUCGAGUCUCCUGAGGGCACGGGGGAGCUCAAGUGGACAGCUUUCACCUUCCUCAAGAUUCCACAGGUUUUGGUGAAGUUGAAGAAAUACUCCCAUGGGGACAAGGACUUCACCGAGGAUGUCAAUUCUGCUUUUGAGUUCCUGCUGAAGCUCACGCCCUUGCUGGACAAAGCCGACCAGCGCUGCAACUGUGACUGUACAAAUUUCCUACUCCAAGAAUGUAGCAAGCAGGGGCUUCUGUCUGAAGCCAGUACGAACAACCUCAUGGCCAAGCGCAAAGCAGACCGGGAGCACGCACCCCAGCUGAAAUCAGAUGAAAAUGCCAACAUCCAGCCCAACCCCGGGCUGAUUCUCCGCGCGGAGCCCACCGUCACCAACAUCCUCAAAACGAUGGAUGCAGACCACUCCAAGUCCCCGGAGGGGCUGCUGGGGGUCCUGGGCCACAUGCUGUCUGGGAAGAGCCUGGACUUGCUGCUGGCUGCUGCUGCGGCCACUGGGAAGCUUAAGUCCUUUGCCCGGAAAUUCAUCAAUUUGAAUGAAUUCACGACACACCGCAGCGAAGAAAGCAGCUGGGGGUCAGCCUUUUCAUCCUCCACAGCCAAGGCGGCCUCAGUUCGAGCCUUGCUCUUUGACAUCUCCUUUCUCAUGCUGUGCCACGUGGCCCAGACCUAUGGCUCAGAGGUGAUCCUGUCCGAGUCAAACACGGGAGGAGAGGUGUUCUUCUUUGAGACCUGGAUGCAGACCUGCAUGCCCGAGGAGGGAAAAAUCCUGAACCCUGACCACCCCUGCUUCCGGCCCGACUCCACCAAAGUGGAGUCCCUGGUGGCUCUGCUCAACAAUUCCUCGGAGAUAAAGCUGGUGCAGAUGAAGUGGCAUGAAGCCUGUCUCAACAUUUCGGCGGCCAUCUUGGAAAUCCUCAAUGCCUGGGAGAAUGGGGUGCUGGCCUUUGAGUCCAUCCAGAAAAUCACCGAUAACAUCAAGGGGAAGGUGUGCAGCCUGGCAGUGUGUGCUGUGGCCUGGCUUGUGGCCCACGUGCGGAUGCUGGGGCUGGACGAGCGUGAGAAGUCGCUGCAGAUGAUCCGCCAGCUGGCAGGGCCGCUGUACAGCGAGAACACCCUGCAGUUCUACAACGAGAGGGUGGUGAUCAUGAGCUCCAUCCUGGAGCAUAUGUGUGCGGACGUGCUGCAGCAGACGGCCACACAGAUCAAGUUCCCAUCCACGGGCAUGGACACCAUGCCCUACUGGAACCUGCUGCCCCCCAAGCGACCCAUCAAGGAGGUGCUGACGGACAUAUUUGCUAAGGUGCUGGAGAAGGGAUGGGUGGACAGUCGCUCCAUCCACAUCUUUGACACCCUGCUGCACAUGGGAGGCGUCUACUGGUUCUGCAACAACCUGAUUAAGGAGCUGUUGAAGGAGACGCGGAAGGAGCACACGCUGCGGGCGGUGGAGCUGCUCUACUCCAUCUUCUGUCUGGACAUGCAGCAAGUGACCCUGGUCCUGCUGGGCCACAUCCUGCCUGGUCUGCUCACCGACUCCUCCAAGUGGCACAGCCUCAUGGACCCCCCUGGCACCGCUCUCGCCAAGCUGGCCGUCUGGUGUGCCCUGAGUUCCUACUCUUCCCACAAGGGGCAGGCGUCCUCCCGCCAAAAGAAGAGACAGCGCGAAGACAUCGAGGAUUACAUCAGCCUCUUCCCCUUGGAUGACAUGCAGCCCUCGAAGCUGAUGCGACUGCUGAGCUCCAAUGAGGAAGAUGCAAAUAUCCUUUCGAGUCCCAGCGAGGGCUCCCGUGGGCGGCGGUUCGGAACUCAGGAGGCCAUUGGCUCAGUGCCCCUCGCUUGCCCCACAGCGGACCGGUCCAUGAGCAGCAACCUGUCAGCCUCCCAGCUUCACACGGUUAACAUGAGAGACCCGCUGAACCGAGUCCUGGCCAACCUGUUCCUGCUCAUCUCCUCCAUCCUGGGCUCUCGGACCGCCGGCCCCCACACGCAGUUUGCGCAGUGGUUCAUGGAGGGCUGCGUGGACUGCCUGGAACAGGGCGGCCGAGGCAGCAUCCUGCAGUUCAUGCCCUUUACCACCGUAUCGGAACUGGUGAAGGUGUCAGCCAUGUCCAGCCCCAAGGUGGUUCUGGCCAUCACGGACCUCAGCCUGCCCCUGGGCCGCCAGGUGGCCGCCAAAGCCAUUGCCGCCCUCUGAGGGGCUUGGAGUGACCACAGGGGCUGGCAGGCAGGGUCCCAGCCCCGGGCGCCUCAGAAAAGGACGUGUGGAAAGAUGAGACAUCAUUGCUCAUAUCCACAUGAUGUAACUGCCCUCCGUCGGUCUCCAGAUCUUUCCCCUGCUCCUGACUUCUGACCUCUAAGACGGCUCCCAGUUUCUUUCAUAAUUUCCUUUCCCACUGCCAGCACCUGAUGCGUGUGAGCAGCCUGGUUCCUUGACUCCGGGCGGUCUCACUGCAGCCCUCCCGCCCGACCCCUGUGCGUGCCUCCCGCUUCCAAGAGUGGAUUUAGCUCCGGGGAACUUUACAGGUGCAGGGUAUGUGUGUAUAUAUGUGUGUGUGUGUGUAUAUAUAUAUAUAUAUAUAUAUAUAUAUAUAUUAUCUCUUUUUACAUGGGUGUGUUCACCUCGGCUGGCUUGUAAGUAAAGACCUCGUGGAUCCCUCUGUG